GCAGCGGGCGCGGACUCGGUCGCUACAAUGUAUCAGGGCGGCUGUCUGGCCCUGGGGCUGGCGCUGGGGCUGGGGCUGGCGCUGAGCCUGCCCCAGCCCUCGCUGCAGCCGCCGUCCUCCAAGAGCAGCUCGGUGGUGAUGGACUCAUCCACGGGCCAGCUCACCGUGGUGGAGGGCUGGGAGGCCGGGGCCAUCGCCUGGGCCAACCUCACCAACGCCAUCGGCGAGACCGGGUGGGCCUUCUUGGAUCUGGCUACCAAUGAGCUAUACAGCGAUGCUUUGCAGGCGUAUGCAGCUGGGGUGGUGGAGGCAGCCGUGUCCGCUGAGCUCAUCUACAUGCACUGGAUGAACACGGUGGUAGAUUACUGUGGCCCUUUCAAGUAUGAGACUAUCUACUGUGAGAAACUGAAGAACUAUAUCGAGCUGAACCUGGCUUGGAUGCAGAAGCAGAUUGCGUCUGGCAAAGACGUUGAGUACUGGCACCAGGUGGAGCUCGCUCUCCUGCAGCUGAAGGGGCUGGAGGACAGCUACCAGGGGCGCAUAGCUUUCCCAUCUAAGAAUUUCACCCUCACGCCCUUUGGCUUCCUCUUGUUCCAGCUGUCGGGUGAUUUGGAAGACCUGGAACCGGCUCUGAACAAGACGGAGCAGAGGCGGGUCAUGGGCUCCGGCUCCUGCUCAGCCCUCAUCAAGCUGCUGCCCAAUAACAGUGAGCUGCUGGUGUCCCACGACACCUGGAAUUCCUACCAGCACAUGCUUCGCAUCAUCAAGAAAUACGACUUCCGUUUCCGGACACUGCCCAAAGGUGGGUCGCCACUGAUCCCUGGGAAUGAGCAGGUUUUCUCCUCCUAUCCUGGGACCAUCUUCUCCUGUGACGACUUCUAUAUCUUGGGCAGUGGGCUGGUGACCCUGGAGACAACCAUCGGCAAUAGCAACUCGGAACUAUGGAAGUACGUUAAGCCUCAGAACAGCGUCCUUGAGUGGCUGCGUAAUAUUGUGGCCAACCGGCUGGCUCAGGAUGGGUCCACGUGGUCUGCCAUCUUUAAGAAGUUCAACAGUGGCACAUAUAACAACCAGUGGAUGAUCGUAGAUUACAACGCUUUCAUUCCUGGAAAGUCCAAGCCCAUGGAUGGCUUGCUCACUAUUCUAGAGCAGAUUCCGGGCCUGGUGGUGGUGGCUGACAAGACCCAGGAGCUAUACGAGAAGGGCUACUGGGCCAGCUACAACUUACCGUAUUUUGAGUCGGUGUUCAAUGCCAGUGGGAUGCCCGACCUGGUGAAGGAGUUUGGGGACUGGUUCUCUUACAAGAACAGCCCCCGAGCCCGGAUCUUUGAACGGAACCAGUCACUGGUACAUGACCUGGACUCCAUGAUCCGGCUGAUGAGGUUCAACAACUUCCCCCACGAUCCCCUGUCCCGGUGUGAGGACUGCAAUCCUGUGCAGAAUGGGGAGAAUGCCAUCUCAGCCCGCUCAGACCUCAAUCCAGCCAAUGGGACAUACCCCUUUUCUGCUCUGACCCAGAGAUCCCAUGGAGGCAUAGAUAUGAAGCUCACUUCUUAUGAGUUGUCCAAAGACUUCCGCCUAAUCGCAGUCAGUGGCCCCACGUGGGACCAGUUACCCCCCUUCCAGUGGAGUUCAUCACCCUUUGACAAGCUGUUACACAUGGGCCAUCCAGACCUCUGGAAGUUCUCCCCCAUCAAGGUCUCAUGGGAGUGAAGCUGGGGACCUGCCCCUCUCCCCACCACCCCACUGCCCUUGACCCCAGUGUCCUUAGGGAGUUGGCGCUUCCUCUCCUCUUCAUCCACCCUGGCUGCUGGUUUGUCUGACCCUGGAACCCCAAGGAAUAUGCCUGCCGGGCCUGGAGGGCUGAGGUCCCUCUACUCUCUGCUGCUUCAUUGGCUCUCGAGCCACCUGCCUUGUCCAAAGAGGCCCUGAGGGCCUUAGGGGACCACCAGUUUCCUAGCCCCAUUCCUCCCAUUCCCUCCUGAGCCCUGGGUUCCAGCCUCUAAAAUGCCUGCUCCCAAGCCACAGUGACUUUCCUGGAGAAGGAAGGGAGGGGAGGGGGCUUCCUCAAGGAUCUGCUGGACUCUUAGGAGCCUGCUUCCUGCCUUUCUGGACCUGUCUCAUUGAGGAAGCAGGCUCCCACCUUCCUCUGCCCCUUUCUAGGCACCAGUUACAGCUGUUUACUGAGACUGCAUACCCCCAACCAGGCUUUUGCCUCCACCUAGAAAGUGGUGGUGGAGGAGCUAGGCAUGACCCCCUGCCUCAUUCCCCCAUGUCCAUACUGUCAGCUCGUUCAUUGGACUGCCCUUCGGGAACAAAUUCGGAAAAACAAAAGACCACCAAACUACAUCACACCUUCCCCUGAAACCCCGGACUUGGAGAUUUGGGGGCUUUGGCUUUCCCUGGGCUCUGGGUAUCUGUCUGUUUCUCCUGCUUUCUCAUGGUGGCUGCCUAGGCUUGUGGGCUCUUCCUCUAGUGCCUGACCUCGCCAUAAGUGGGGACUGUGGAGGGGAGCCAGCCCUCUUGGGUCUGUGGGGGAGUGCUCCUGGUCCACUGGUCCUUUGCUGACAUCUGCCUCACUCUGCACCCAGCCCUGUACCCCCCUCGCCCCAGCUAACUCCACCCGCCUCUCACUGGCCAGGCCCACUCUGCAGGGCAGGGGAGGGCUUGGCUGUGCUUACUGCAUUGGAGGCCUUGGAGAGAAGGCUGGGGCAGGGAAGCAGCUGCCUCCAUGGAAAUGUCUUUGGUCCCAGAGGCCAAUUAGAGAACGAAGGACGUCUUCCUCCUCCUGAGCCCUCUCUGCUGCAGCCCCUUCCUUCCCAGGGCCACGCUCAGAGUGCCCGAGGGGCUUGUGGGGACUGGGCCUGGGGCUCUCUAGUGGCCAGGCCUCAAAUGGAUGCAAUGUUAUUAAAAGAGAGAGACUAUGGCCUCCAGCCCCACUCUGCUUUUUGGAGGGGGUUGGGAUGUUGUUGGCCAGGAAUGGGCUGGGACUUGCAGAGAAUCGGGACUUCAGAGGUGGAAGGGAUCUCACUGUCCAAGCCUGUCCACCUAAGUCCAACCCGGACCUGAGCUGAAAUCCCCUCUCACGCCCAGAGGACCUUGGGCAGGUCACAGCCUCUCUGGGCCUCCCUGUCUUCACCCGUACAGUGGACCACCUGACUGGGAGCCCCACACCUGCGAUGUUAGGUGAGUCAUCUGAUUUCUCUGGGGCUCAGUCUCCUGAUCUGAGAAAUGGGGAGCUGGCCUAGCGGGCUUCUUGAGGUCCCUUCCUCCUCUCUGUGAGCUCCGAUGUGGAAGGACCGCGAGCGAUGAGGGACGAGGCCCGAGAGGGCUGGGCUGGGGAGGCGGAGAGGGACACCCGCCUGCUCCAGUCUUCAAACCAGAGCACAGGUGUGAAUCCCCCUUUGUCCAUGUAUCCCUAAGGCCUAGAACAACAAAUGAAUGGAGAAGUAUUUAUUGGACGCUUGCUGUAUGCCGAGCACUGUGGGUUUUUUAGAUUUGCGAAGCACUUUGCGUGUCAUGUGAUUCUCAAGGAAACCCUGUGAGCGGGGUGACAUUAUCCCAUUUUACAGAUGAGGAAACUGACAUAGAAAAAUUAAGUGACUUGCCCACCAUCAUAUAGCUCCUAAGUGUUUGGGUCAGGAUUUGAACUCAAGUCUUUAUGAUUCCAAGGCCAUCGUUCUCUCUAGUAGACAUCUAACUGCCUAAAACAGAAAUUAGAGAAGACAAACCCUUCUCCUCUAAAGGAGCUUGAGUCCUAAAGAGUUUUCAGCUGCAGGGUGGACAGAAUGGCCCAGUGGUUAUUGGGAUUCAUCAGGGGGCAGACUGCAAGGCCUAGAUGCACCCAGUGCCUGGGGGGAGUGGACUCUGGAGGCCACAGUAGACUAGAUGGUUGGGUCUGCUGGCCAUCUGUUUUUACGCAGAGGGCUGUACUUGGUGACUGCUUGUUAAAGGGGUGUGAGUAGCCAGAGCUAUCCUGCGAUGAUGGUGUGUGUGUGUGUGUGUGUGUGUGUGUGUGUGUGUGUGUUUGGGGGUGGCUGCGGGGGCCUAGCCCAUGACUGUUGGGAAGAAGAGAGUGGGCCCAAGGGUCAGAGUGGAUCCAGGGUCUGGGUUCCCUCCCAAGGGAGUGAGGAUUUUGGGGGUCAGCAUCCAGCAUCCAUCCACAGUCAGUCAGUAAGCAUCAUGUGCCUACUACGUGCUAACCUACUACGUGCUAACUGCUUGGGCAUACAGAGAACAGUACAAGACAGUCACCCUUGAAGGCUGCAGUCUGAUGGGGAAGAGAACGUGCAAAAUUUAUAUACAAACAAACUAUAGACAGGAUGCAUUGGAGAUAAGCAGCAGAGGGGAGGUAUUAACAGUGUGAAGGGGGAUGAGGAAAGACUUCUGUGCAAGGUGAGAUUUUAGCUGGUACUUCAGGGAAGCCAAGAGGCAGAGAUGAGGAGGGGGACUAUCCCAGGCCUGGGACACAGCCGGGAGGAGGUGGGGGCGGGGAAAGGGCAUCCAUCCCUCCGGGACUCCUGCAGCCUCUGGCUCACAGGCACGCUAAAGGGAUUUCAAGUGGCUCGUUGGAUGGAGUAUUGGCCCCAGAGGCAGGAGAACCCGGAUUCAAAUCCUGCCUCAUAUAGUCACAACCUGGGCAAGUCACUUAAUCCUAUGUCUGGCUCAGUUUCCUCAUCUGUAAAGUGGGGACGGUCAUAGCAUCUACUUCUCAAGGUUGUUGUAAGGAUCACAUGAGAUAAUAUUUGUAAAGCGCUUUCCAAACCUUAAAGCACUAUGUAAAUGCUGGCUACUGUGGACUGUCACUAUUAUUACCUAUGACCCCCUCAUUUUUAAUGGAGAAAGAGGCGGUCAGUGACUUCUAGGUUCACACAGCUCAUUUCAGUUUCAGAGCCAGGAUUUGAACUCAGGUCUAAUAAUCAGUGCAGAAAUGUUUACAAGUCAUUCCCUAGGUCUUUUAGUUGUGACAGCUCCUCUCUCCUCUCCUCCCCCUAUUCUCUCCUGUCUUUUUUCUCUCCUCCUUUUUUCCCUCUCCUCCCCCUUUUCUCUCCUCUCCUGUAUUUUUUCUCUCCUGUCUUUUUUUCUCCCCUCUCUUUUUUCUCUCCUCUCCCUUUUUUCUCUCCUCUCUUCCCCUCUCUUCUCUCUCUCCUCUCUUUUUUCUCUUCACCCCUCUUCUUUCUCCUGUUUAUUGAAGAAAUCCUUGAUUCUUCCUCACCCUCAAACCUAAGUCCUAGCUUUCUUUCAUUCUCUUACAAUCUCUAUGUACCAGCCUCCCCUGCCUGCUUUUCUCCCAGGCUGACAGCAUGCUGCGCCAUCCAGUGCUUCUGCUUGGGCGUUUGCUCUGGAGGGAUCCCAGCGCCAAGAUGUUAGAGAUGGAAGGGCCUGGGAGCUCUCCCAGUAUAACCUCAUUUUAAAGAGGAGAAAUGUUACUCAGAGGGAAUGGAUUUGGACACGGGAAGUGAGAGGUGGAUCUCAACCUCCAAACACUGCCUGUCCAAGGCAAUUGAUUCCUUAACAAGCAUUCAUUGAGCACCUAUUAUAUGCCAGACACUACUAGGCAUCAGGUAGGAAGACAAUAUGUACCCUCAAGGAGAGUAGUCUAAUGGGGAAGAUAACAUGAACCCAUAAUAUACAACUAACAUACAUAAUGCAUCUGACGUUUGGAAAGGAGGUCAGUAGCAACAUGAGGGAGCAGGAAGGGUUUCAUGUACAAGGCAGCGCUUCAGCUGAGUCUUGAAAAGAAUGAGAGAUUCUGUGAAUCAGAGGUGGGGACACAGUGCAUUGCAGACAUGUUGCAAAGGCCUGGAGGUGGGAGAUGGGGUUCUGUCUGUGAGGAACAGCAAGAAGGCUGCAGAGGUAGGUUGGGAACAUUUUGUGAAGGACUUUCAAAACCAGAGGAAGUUAUAGUUGAUUCUAGAGGUAAUAAGGAACUGACAGAGUUGAUGGAGAAAGGGAGUGACAAGGUCAGACUUGCGAUUUGGCAGCUUGAGUUGGAGCAGGGAGAGACUUGAGGCUCAGAGACCAGGAACACAGCAAGAGGAGAUCAGGCUCUGGAAUUAGAGAAGGGGAUGGAUACCAGCAGAAGUGCCAAGAUUUGGCGACUGAUUGGAGGGGAACGAGGGAGAGUGAGGAGUUGAGAAUGAUGCCUUCACAGCCCUCUCUUGUUGGUGCUGGUGGUGCCUUCAAGAGGCAGGCAAAAGAACUGUAUUUGGAGUCAGAGCCUGGGUUCAAAUUUUGAUCUUGCCUCUUACUGUGAAUGCAGCAGGCAGCUAGGUGGCACAGUGGAUGGAACAUUUGGCCUGGAGUAAGGAGGAUGUUAGUUCAAAUCCCGCCUCGGACCUAACGAGCUGUGGGACCCUGGACUUCUGCCUCAACAGUAAAAGGAGAUUAUAAUAGCACCUACCUCCAAGGGUUAUUGUGAGGAUCAAAUGGAAUAUUUGAAAAAAGCACUCAGCCCAGUGCCUGGCACAUAGUAGGCGCUUAAUAAAUGCUGUCCCUCCUUUCAUUACAGUUUCCAUUUCUUUUUCUUAAUUUUUUUUAUUAUAAUACACUCCUUGCCUCACACAAUGGUUUUGAAGAAAGUGCUUUGUAAAGCUUAAUACACUAAAGAAAUGGGUGUUGUUAAUCUGCAAUAAAAAGUAAUCUUGAAGGCA